AUGAACCCAGGCGACCCAGACCAGGACGUCCUCCCCCGGAACAAAAUUUGGGAACUCCACGUUGAUGGAUCCUCCAACAACAGGCUCAGUGGAGCAGGGAUAAUAAUCACAGACCCAAAGGGCCACUCUUAUGAAUAUGCUCUCCAGUUUGAAUUCAAAGCGUCCAACAACAUAGCUGAAUACGAGGCCCUCAUAGCCGGCAUUCAGCUCUGUCGAGAACUCGGAGCCCUACACAUCCACAUAUUUAGUGAUUCUCAACUUGUGGUCAAUCAGGUGGCAGGAGACGGCAAAGCCAACCAGAACAACCUGGGAUCCUACAAAAGUCUAGCUGGCGCCCUCCUACAACACUUCACAUCUUACAAGCUCACCCAAAUCCCAAGGGCUAAGAACUCCAAGGCAGAUGCUCUCACGAGACUCGCCACAGCGCCUCCCGAGUCCGCGCCACCAGAUGUGCACAUAGAAAUCUUAGACAAACCUAGUAUUUCGAAGGCUUAUUCAGAAAUCUUUGCCAUAGAAACACCUAGCCAACCCUCGUGGAUGGACCCAUAUGUGGCCUUCCUUUCUAAUGGGACCCUGCCCCUGGAUGCACAAGAGGCACAGCGGUUACGCCACAAAGCUUCACUCUACUUGCUUAAAGGAGGGAAGCUAUACCGCCGUGGACAGUCAUGUCCCCUUUUAAGGUGCUUGCCUACAGCAGAAGGGCACAAAGUAUUGAAAUCACUCCACAAUGGAGUCUGUGGAAACCAUGCGGGGGCUCGGAACCUCAUGUUCAAAGCGCUACGAGCUGGGUACUAUUGGCCAACAUUAGAGCAAGAUGUAAAGGCCGUUGUCCAAGCAUGCUUUCACUGCCACAAAUUUGCAGAUUUUGCCCGCCGUCCCCCAGUUCCACUAUAUGUCAUCAUUUCCCCAGUCCCUUUCAGCCAAGAAUUUCUCUCUGAGCAAGGCACAUCAAUCUUCUAUGCCUCCCCAGCACACCCCCAAACCAAUGGCCAAGUGGAAGCUAUAAACAAGCUCAUCAAGCAAAACUUGAAGAAACGCCUAGAAGAUGCUAAAGGGUUAUGGGUUGCCAAGCUCCCGGAAGUCCUCUGGACAAUUCGUACUACCCCAAUAGCAGCCACAGGGGAAUCCCCAUACCUCUUGUCCUAUGGCACCGAGGCAGUGAUCCCUGUAGAGAUGGAGGUCCCGAGUGAACGUAUCACAACAUAUGAUCCCGAGACAAACGCCACGGGACUGCGUCUCAACAUGGACCUUCUCGACGAGCGCCGGGACAGAGCACAUCAAAGGAAUAUCAACAACAAACAAAAAAUUGCCAAGCAUUACAACAAAAAAGUUGUCCCCCGCCCUCUAAAAGUAGGGGAUUGGGUCAUGAAAGAGGUUAUCCCCCACCCUACCGGGCUCAAGGCAAAAUGGGAAGGUCCAUUGGAGAUAGUCAAUGCCCCGGGACCAGCUACCUUUUACCUUCGUGACACUGCUGGCCGAGUCCUACCUCGCCCCUAG